GUUUCCUGGGCAGCAAUUGCACCUUACAUAAUGCAAGUAGUUGGGCCGAGUCAUUCGCGGCAGCCAGCGGCACGAAUGACCUUUCAUCGUGGCAUGGCAGGGUUGCUCUGCGGACCUGUAACUCAUAAGAUGGAUAUUAAGCUUUCUACAACGUAUAAGCUACAGUUAAGACAUUGAACGUAUUCUACACGCUUGAGGGCGCGUUACACAUUCGUUCACCCCGUAGCUUUCUACGCGUGCUUCGGGUUCGCUGCUCGGAACUUUACAAGCAUAAAAUAUGUCCUAAACAUGUGGAGGGGUGUGCUUCAUAGUCGCUAGCGCCGCUCGCGGAACGGGAAGCUGCCAUACAUUCCGUGGACGGACGCACCUUGCUUGAAGCUGACCCGCUGAACAGCAGGAUUACAUGGACCAAGCAGCCAGGUCAAACAAUCCCAUGUUUAAGGACAGCGGUGGCGACCAGCACGAGACACCGAGUCGGUUCGCGUCUUACAUGGAACCCGCCGUCCCGUCUCUGCCGCCUCUCUCCAACGCGGCCAGCGUGCGGCGGCGAGCAGGCUCUCCUACCAUCGACGAGGCGUCACCAGGGACACCGGACGGCCUGACGCUGGGCAUUCUGAACCCUCUCUUCAAGGGGUCGGGCCGAGCCAUCGACCUACGCACCCUUCCCGGCUUUGGCAAUGAAAGCAGUGCCCCGGUGAACAGCCCUGUCCCGCAGCCCGCCGCCGGCCGCAUCAGCGCCUCAGGGAUUGGGUCAAACGGCAGCCCCUUCACCCCACGCCAGGCGCCAAGGCAGUCUAACGGAGGCAGCCAGCUUGCCGGGCCGCCGCCGGGGCUGAGCCCCAUCACCGCGCCCGCCCUGUCCACCGUCGGCAGCAGCAACAGCACCGCCACCGCCACCGGCAGCCCAUACCUGGCGGCGCCACCACCCCGCAGGAGCCCGUCAGGCCACUGGUUAGGGGCCGCCGCCGCCACCGCCACCACGGCUGCAGCGUCGCCGCUGGCGACACCCAUGGGCUCCAUUCCCUUGGCUGACACGUACUCGCCCGACACCUCCCAGCAGCUCUCCCGUUACGACUCGGCGGGCUCGCACCUGUCCGGAAGCAGCGGCAGCGGACACGCGUACGGUCGCAUGGCUACGGGCGGGGAUGGCGGACCCAUCAGCCCCGACAGACGGCCGUCGCAAGGUGGCGGCGGCGGCGCGGGACUGCCGCCGGCGGGCGCGAGCCUGGAGCCCACCAGCUCCAUCACCACCAUCGCCACCAUAACCACCAAGCAGAGAAGCAGCCGCCUCAGUGCGGUCACCUCACCGUCUGCGGCGGCACCAUCAGCGGCAGUGGCAGUGACUGCUACAGCCGCGACGGCCAUGGGUGCUGCUGCCGCUGCGGCCGGCGCGAGCAAGAACGUGGCGUUCAGUGACACAGGGCGCGCAGUGGCUGCCACCGCGGCCGCUGUCGCGCCGUCUUCGCCUGAGGCUGCCAUUAAGUCUGUGCCGGCGCCGCAGGUAGUGCACGGCGCGGCAGGGGGACGGAAGCCGGCGGCAGCUGCCCCUACGGACCCGGUCAAGGCAGAAAAGGUGGCGGCAGCUGCAGCACAGGCGGCGGGGCUAAGCACCGGCAAGAAGGCAAAGAAGCAGUACAGGAAGGCGGCGGAAGCUGAGGCUGCAAAGGGGGCUGACCCGGAGGCAGCGAGGCGGGAGGAGGAGAUCGCAGACGCCAAAGCGGUCAUGAAGGAGAAGAAGCGGAAGCGGUACACCAACUUGAUGUGCUGCUGCUGUUGCAUCCUGUUUGCGGGAAUCAUCGCGACCGCCAUCGCGGUGCCGAUCUGCGUGAUCCAGGGCUGCCCGCCCAAGAAGCCGGACACCAACGUGGUGACCCUGGAGGAAGGCCUGUACUCGCUGCGGCUGCUGGCGCGAAUGGAGGACAUUGAACAGAAGGUGUCGGACCUCAUUCCGCCGCUACUACGGGAUUACGUCAAUGUAACGCGACUGCAGGAGAGUGCGGUCGAGUUCUUGGAUUUCACCGACCUCGCGGUGCUAAGGGAGGUGCGAGACUCGCUCCUCGCCAAGUACAAGGACCAACUCACCUUCCUCAUCCCGGACUUCCCCAUGCGCUUCGAGCCCGACCUGGCGGAAGCUGCGAGGGCCGGCCUGUCACAACUGGGCGCCGCUGCCACAGCCGCCGCCUCCACGUCACUCGGUGGCAUCAGCAUCAGCUCCGCCACUGGCUCCGCCACGGCGAGCAACACCGCCAGCCUUCUUGCUUCGUACGCCAAUGGCAGCAUGUCUCUGACCGCCCUAAGCUCGCUGCUGCCCGACUCAGCCAAGCAGACACUGCAAGACCUGGCAGCGCAGAUCGCGGCCGCUGCGGACUUGGUGCCUGGCGCCGACGGCACCGCCCUGGACGGCGCCUCCCUGCUGAACGCGGCCCUGAGCGGCUCCACCGGGUCACUGCUGUCCACGCUGCGGCAGACGCUGACGUCCGCGGCAGGCGGCAACACUGGCACCGGCGGCAACGACCUCCUGGCGGAGCAUGCCUCCCUGGUCAGCGCGGCAGCGGCGGGCGCUGCCAAGGACCUUACAGGGCUGCUUGGCGGCGGUGGCAGCAGCAGCAGCGGCAGCAGCUCGGCGGCGGGCACCGACCCCAACGUGCAGUGGUACCUCAAGAAGGCCGAGGUUGCGGAUGCUUGGUCACUGACCGAGGGUGCGCCCGACGUGAUCGUGGCUGUGGUGGACACGGGAUUUGACAUCGACCACCCGGACCUCAAGCCCAACCUGUGGGUGAACCCUGGCGAGGUGCCAGGGGACGGCAUCGACAACGACGGCAACGGCUUCAUCGAUGACAUCAACGGGUUCGACUUUGCUGGCUCUGGCGACGCGUGCCAGGGCGACUGGCGGGCACGGGCAGCGCCGCCGCCGCCCUCUCCCUCGCCCCCUCCACCCCCGCCGCCCUCGCCCCCACCCCCGUCUCGCCGCCCACCUCCUCCAAAGAGGGCUGCCACCGCCAAGAAGAAGGUCCAGGCCGCGGCACUGACUUCGCCCACGGUCCGCGCCACAUACGCAACCCAGCUACGUCCCAUGUGCAAGCCGGACGCCGACGUGCGGCCCGAGUCCUCCGACACGGGGCACGGCACACACGUGGCCGGCAUUGUGGCUGCGGUGCGAAACAGUGUGGCGGCGGUGGCGGGCGCCGCGCCCCGCGUUAAGGUCAUGGUGCUCAAGGUGUUCGACGCCUCCGGGCGCGUGUACGCCUCACACGUGGUGGCGGCGUACGCCUAUGCGCAGCGCAUGGGCGCGCACAUCGUGUCGUGCAGCUUUGGCCCCGACACCCCCAACCUGCAGCCCCAGCCGUACGAGGUGGCGGAGAUGGUGGCGCAGGAGUCGCUGUACAGCAGUGCCGUGACACCGCUGGAGAGCAAGGGCGUGUUGCUGGUGGCGGCGGCGGGCAAUGAGCUGACGGAUCUGAACGGGCUGGCCUCCGUCAAGUCAAACUACCUGCCCUGCACGCUGCCCAACUCCAACGUCAUGUGCAUCACCGGCUCCAACCCGCUGGACCGCGCAAUCACGGGCAUGGCUGGGAACAUGCCCGUGGGAGUGAACUACGGCACGGCGGUGGUUGACAUGGCGGCGCCGGGGCAGGACAUCUACAACACCUUCCCCAUCAGCCUCGGCUCAUACGGCAACAAGACCGGCAGCAGCAUGGCCACACCGUUAGUGGCGGGUGUGGCGGCGUUGGUGGCGAGCGUGGUGGGCGCCGUGGGGCCUCUGGUUGCCUCGCCCAACUACUAUCAGGCCUCGAGCGUUAAGUCGCUGCUACUGGAGACUGCUGACAAGCUGCCCGGGCUGCCCGUCAUUGGCGGCCGGCGCCUGAACGCGCAGCGGGCGGUGGAGGCAGCAUACGCUGCGAGCGGCGGCUCCUACCUGUUGACGCCCUCCUCGGACUUCUACACGGCCAACGGCGCCGCCGCCUCGCUUCUGUCCGCCGGGCUGGCGGAGCAGUACUACAUGGCAGCGGCUCCCACGGCCGCCAACACGCCCAUCAGCCUGGACAGCAUCGCCGUGCCGCCGGCGCCCUUCGACGUCAGCGUACGGGCGCCUGUGAACAACACGCCCGUCACGCGUUUGCUGAGCUACAAGUACACGCCAGCCACCGCCAACGCCUCGGCGCCGGCCGGCGGCCCCAGUGGUGUGCUGCUGCUGCGGCUGGCGGGCCUGGCGCGCUUCACGUCAUCGGGCGUGUGGGGGCUGCAGCUGAGCGGUGCCAUGGCGCCUGCUAGCGUCCGCAUCAUGGUUGGCCAGCGGCUGCUCAACCUGACCAGCAUUGGCGCAACCGCUUCGCUCAUGGUCCCAACCGCCGGCCUGUACGACUUCGAGAUGCUCGUCCUCGCGCCGUCUGACCCGGUGGAGCUGCGCUGGGCCACGCCCGCGGCACCCGGCGUGUACGGCUCGCCCGCCAGCGACCUGCUGGUGGUGCCGUCGUACAGCCCUGCCGUACACCCCAGGUUCGCGCCCAAUGUGACCUUCCCCGGCGCCGCAGUCGCACCCGGCUGGCAGGUCAUGUGGGACUACACCACACGUGACGACGGUACCUCGCCAACCGCCCAACUGUCGCCCGCCUUCCUGACCACCUUCUCCACCGGCCUGCCACCGUUCAGCGGCGCGCCGUAUGCGCCCCUGCGCAACAGCAUCAUGGCCGGCGCCGACCUGUUCCGGGCCGCAGGCUCGUUCGGCGCCGCCGCGACGGCCGCCACGCAGGCCAGCCUGGCCGGCCCAAGCCCGCCUACGAACCUUGCGGUGCCCGACUUCGCCAGCGCGGCCGCUUACGGUGUGGCGGUGGCGCAGUUCACGCCACCCUCCAGCGCCCAGCUGCAGUUCCAAGUCACCUGCAGCAGCUGUUUGCUGUUUGUGCAGGGCGUGCUGGUGGCAGACGCGUCGCAGCAGCAGCCCAUCGGCUCAGGCUCCACCGUGCGGGCACCGGAGCCGCAGACGGUCCAGAGCGGCUGCAUGUCACUCACCGCGGCGCUCAACAGCCUGAGCACUGGCUCCGUGUACACUCUGGAGCUGCGCUUCGCGGUUGGCGACACCAGCCGUGGCGUGCUGGGUGUGACCUGGUCACCGUGCAGCCCCGGCGGCAGCCCCACGGGCCAGUGGGGUGGCCUGGCGGGCAUGCUGACCAGCUCUGUCAUGUGGGCGCCACCCGCCGCCGGCACAGGCAUUAUCCGGAGCUCGUUGCGGUGUGACCUGUGGCGCUCCCGCGGCGCCGCCGACGCCAGUGUGGUUCCCUCACCCCGCCUGGUGCCGCCGCUGGCCUCGUUCACGCUGCCGCGCGUGGGCUCGCGCAACCAGAACUGCACACUCUGGAGCAGCAACCCCAACUGCACGGCCGUGGCGCUGGCGACCGCACAGGACGUGUUGCCCACGCUGGUGAGCGGCUCCGGCAACUACCACGUGCGCUGCUGGGCCUUUUGGAACGGCACCUUCAGGGCCGGCACCUUCUCGGUGCGCUCCGCCAGCAUCACUUCCUCGCCCGCGGCAGUGGCCAACGUGUUCCUGGGCAAUCAGCAGAUUUUCCGCAGCACUGCGCCAAGCGCGCAGCCGUAUGUCAAUUUCAACCGCCAGUCGCUGGCGCCACGCGUCAACGCCUUCGCGCCCUAUCUGCAGCUGCUGGCCUUUGAGUACAGCGAUGUGUCUCCCACCUCUGUGAUGGGGCUGCUUGACGGCACGGAGGUGUUUGCGGUGAAGGAGACGCUACUGAUCGACCGGCGAAUGGUGGUGCCGGCGACGCUCAGCUAAGCCGGGAGCACAGCUCAGGACUGGUAGCAGGAAAACCCUUGAGGGGUGCCGUUUGUGUGCGGAAACUGAAGCAGUGAGACAAUGAGCACUUACUCAUGCCCGGCACCGUUGAAAACUGGUAGGCAGGAUUCAUCCGACACCGGCGGGCGGCGCGACCCCGUUGUGAGCAGUGGCAAGGGAUGCUGCACUGUGCUGCAAUACGCGCCGCUCGCUGUACAUAUUGACUCACGUCCACAGCCUCAUGCGAACACAGCCGCAUGUGAUUUCUUAUACAUAUUCGCCUUGGUUGUGGCGAAACAGCAUGGCAGGGGGGGGCAGUUGCAUGGCUAGUUCAGUGUACAUGGCGUGCUAGACUCCAGCAGGAAGACUCGAAGCUGCGGGUCGGCAUGUGGACAAGCGAUGCAAACGUUAAAAAGCAAGUCAGCUAGGGAGUGGCGCGGACACGGUAAAAGGCACGGAUGGAGACGUCGCCAGAUGUGCACAGGCCUAAGGAGCUAUGUGCUUAAUAUGGGUUGUGUGCCUGUGUGCGUGUGCGUGUGGGGAGUACUGCCAGAAUGUCAUCAAGUAUGAGGACUUGAGGAGCCUGUUACAGCCCUCGCUAGCUGACGGCAAGAGGCCGUUGUACUAAAUGGACUGUCCACAUGAGUUAGGGGCUGUGCUGGCCAUGGUAACAAGUUUGUUAUCUCGAGAGGACUGGUGGGAGUAGCAUGCUAGCAAUGUAUGUGCGUUGUGGCAUCUGCACCUGGACCUACUGGCUACUGCAGGUCGUAAUUUUAUGCUGGCUGUCGGCUUCAGCAUGGACGUGUGAGGAAUGCGACCCCACGCGUUGAUGCAGGAGCUAUAAGUUCCCCUGGUUCCCAGGAUGCGGAGGAAGCAGACAUGA